CUUGUUUUUAAAUGUUUGAUUCUCUUUCCAGGCUGGCAGUGACGGGGAAAGCAUAGGAAACUGCCCCUUUUCACAGAGACUCUUCAUGAUUCUGUGGCUCAAAGGAGUUGUGUUUAGUGUCACAACCGUUGACCUGAAAAGGAAGCCUGCAGAUCUACAGAACUUGGCUCCCGGGACCCACCCACCAUUUAUAACCUUCAACAGCGAAGUCAAAACGGAUGUAAAUAAGAUUGAAGAAUUUCUUGAAGAAGUCUUGUGCCCCCCGAAGUAUUUAAAGCUUUCACCAAAGCACCCGGAGUCAAACACUGCUGGAAUGGACAUCUUUGCCAAAUUCUCUGCUUACAUCAAGAACUCAAGGCCAGAAGCCAAUGAAGCGCUGGAGAGGGGGCUCCUGAAGACUCUGCAGAAACUGGAUGAGUAUCUGAAUUCGCCCCUCCCUGAUGAAAUUGAUGAGAACAGUAUGGAGGACAUCAAGUUUUCCACACGUAGAUUUCUGGACGGCGAUGAGAUGACAUUGGCAGACUGCAACCUGCUGCCCAAGCUGCACAUUGUCAAGGUGGUGGCCAAAAAAUACCGCAACUUUGAUAUUCCUAAAGGAAUGACGGGCAUCUGGAGAUACCUGACAAAUGCCUACAGCAGGGAUGAGUUCACCAACACCUGCCCCAGCGACAAGGAGGUGGAAAUCGCAUACAGUGAUGUCGCCAAGAGACUUACCAAGUAAACAGCACUUUUGAGAGAGAUGCCUUCAGAUCCCCCAGAAUCCGCUUUCCUAACAGACUGCUCUGCCUCCUCUAAAAUAGAAGUGUAUUUUUUUGCAUGAACAUGCAGUUACUCAAGUCUAGGAUUAAAGGUAGACAAAGUGUAGUAGUUAUCUCCAAUACACACUCCUAAGCAGUAUUAUUCUAAAAUCCUCUACCCGGCCCCCUUGCCCUGCCCAUCUCCUCCAGUUCGGAGGCACUCCACCACAAGCUCGUCACAUGAGAGGCAGUUUGCCAUCCCUCUGGAGCCCCGACCAGCAUGUCCAUCCACUGUGUAGAUGGCAAACUUGAGGUCCAGUGGUCAACCAUUAGAAUAGUAGCCGUGACGUCAGUGGGCCCACGCUGGUGUGUAAUGCAUGGUACAAAGAAUAUUUAUGUAUUGGGGAGAAUUGUAAUAUUGAGUAAGGAAUAUGGACGGGUUGCUACUGUGUUGGACAUACUAUUUCAGUGUCCUCUGCCCUGGAGUGUGCUGAGGGUGUUGCUGUCUGGGAAACUGCCUUCCAUAGAGAGACUGCUGGGUUCUUGGUAGAUACUUAA